AUGGCGCUCAAUCUCCGUCAGAAGCAAACAGAAUGCAUAAUCAGGAUGUUGAAUCUGAACCAGCCCGUGAAUUCCACGGGCACCGCCAACGAAGAAGUGUACAAGAUAUUGAUCUACGACAAGUUCUGUCAAAACAUUCUCUCCCCAUUGAUCCACGUCAAGGAUCUGCGCAAGCACGGGGUGACACUCUACUUCCUCAUCGACAAGGAUCGAAAGCCGGUCCAUGAUGUACCAGCCGUGUAUUUCGUCCAGCCGAGUCAACCCAACAUCCACCGUAUCAUCACCGACGCCUCUCGUGGCCUCUAUGACAGCCUGCACUUGAACUUCUCGUCCUCCAUCCCCAGACCACUCCUGGAGGAUCUCGCCUCGGGAACCCUAGGCUCGGAUUCGAUAAACAGAAUUGCAAAGGUUCAUGAUCAGUACUUAGAGUUUGUGACAUUGGAGGACACCUUGUUCUCUUUAGCACAGAAGUCUAGUUAUGUCCAGUUGAAUGAUCCUUCAGCUGGGGAUAAGGAGAUUGAGGAGAUCGUGGAGAAGAUUGUGAGUGGCUUGUUCUGUGUGCUGGCCACCCUAGCUGUUGUUCCGGUGAUUAGAUGCCCACGUGGAGGGCCGGCUGAGAUGGUAGCUUCAGCUUUGGAUCAGAAGCUGAGGGAUCACUUGUUGGCUAAGAAUAACUUGUUCUCUGAGGGUGGCAACUUCAUGAGCUCGUUUCAAAGGCCAAUUCUGUGCCUGUUCGAUAGGAAUUUCGAGCUGGCGGUUGGGAUUCAACACGAUUUCAGGUACUGUCCACUUGUUCAUGAUGUGCUGGGGCUAAAGCUCAACAGGCUGACUGUGCAAGGAGAGAAAGGCGGGAUGAGAUCAUAUGAAUUGGACAGUUCAGAUCCAUUCUGGCUUACAAAUGGAUCUAUCGAGUUUCCUGGAGUCGCAAUGGAAAUUGAGACUCAGUUGAACAAGUACAAGAAAGAUGUUGACGAGGUGAAUCGAAGGACAGGUGGUGCUGAUGGACAGUCGGAGUUUGAAGGAACCGACUUGAUUGGAAACACAAAGCAUUUGAUGAAUGCAGUCAAUUCGCUGCCUGAGUUGACUGAACGAAAGCAGGUGAUUGAUAAGCACACCAACAUUGCAACAGUUUUGCUAGGCGAGAUCAAGGAGAGGUCUUUGGAUUCCUAUGCUAAAAUGGAGAACGACAUGAUGAUCAGAGGAGGCAUUGAUAGAAGCGAACUAAUGUCGGUUCUCAAAGGGAAAGGAAGUAAGAUGGACAAGCUGAGGUUUGCAAUCAUCUACCUCAUAUCUUCAGAGACCAUCAACCCACAAGAGGUGGAGCUGGUCGAAUCGGCUCUCAGGGAGUCAGAAGUCGACCCUUGUGCAUUCCAGUAUGUGAAGAAGAUCAAGUCUUUGAACGUCCAGCUUGCAUCAGCAAAUUCUGCAAGCAGAAGUAACAUUGUGGAUUGGGCCGAGAAGCUGUACGGUCAGUCAUUGAGUGCUGUCACUGCUGGUGUGAAGAACUUGCUGUCGAGCGACAGACAACUGGCGUUGACUAGGACCGUGGAAGCCUUGAUGGAAGGGAAACCGAAUCCUGAGAUUGACAACUAUCUCGUGUUUGAUCCGAGGGCCCCCAAGUCCAGCUCUGGGGGAGGGGGUUUGAAAGGCCCGUUUAAGGAAGCGAUUGUGUUCAUGGUUGGUGGUGGGAAUUAUGUGGAGUAUGGAGGGUUGCAGGAGCUUGCUCAAAGGCAGCAGCCUGUGAAACAUAUUGUUUAUGGGACGACGGAGAUUCUGACUGGUGCAGAGUUCGUCGAUCAGUUGACUCUUUUGGGGCAAAAGAUGGGGUUGGGGGUUAGUAGUGCUAAUCCACCUGCACCUCAUGCUCAGUAG